GAGUGUCAUAAGGAGAGGCUCGCCUGUACAUCGAUAUAAAAACCAAAACAGUUGGUUAGCAGUUCAGAUAUACGGCAGGCCGUGGAUUGUCCGCAUCUCCUUGAGAAUGGAUAUACAAGUUUUGCUUUUAGGAGCUCUGAUCGUGUUGAGUUCUGUGUUGUUUCACACACAGGCUAUGACUAGAGAGCCCUUUCAAAGCGACUGCAAUCGGUUCUACGAGACGCGCGUGCUAAGCUGCCCUCCGGACCUUCACUGGAACGCACAACUGCAGCAAUGUGGCACACAGUCCCUGUCAGGUUGUUCCGCCACCGCAACCGACAACCUAUCAGUCACAUGUGCAGAGAAACUUGGACAACUAAUUCCAUAUCCUGGUGACUGUACACGCUUCAUACAAUGCGACUAUCUUCCCUUUGUGAAGAACUGUCCACAGUAUCUCUUCUGGAACUCGAAACUUCUCACCUGCGACAAAAAGUGUGUCUAAUUGUUUUCAAAAUAGUUAAUAGAUUGUCUUGCAAUAACAAAAAUCAAAUGCAAGCCCCAUAUUUUUCAAUUAUUAUUUUUAAAAAUGUUUCGGGAUACUUUCUGUUUUCUUAUGACUUUUAUUAAAUAUUAAUUACAAUUGCA